UCACUAUGUUGCUGCAGCCCCAUUGGCCGCUUGUGGCUCAUUUAACCGCUGUCAGUGCGCAUCACAUGGCCGCCGCUUUAACCAACUUCUCCAACUCCAACAGGGAAAGUGGCUCGAACGCGCAUUCUGUCACAUUUGGAUGAGAAGCGACCCCAAGACCCAAGGCUGAGUGAAAUACUGCGUGGAGAAUAUUUUUUAUAAAUAUAUUUAUGCCUUCUCGGAUUAAUUUUCAUCUCCAGUUUGUUUCAUUAAGGGGUGAGAAUAAUAAUAUUCUGACUCGGUCAUCUUCGGCGCACCCCGAAUCAACUUGUGCGCGCCUGACCUGAUCUUCAAACAGACUUUUGUUUUUGUUUUUUUCUCUGUUGGUGGUGAAGUUUAAAACCAGGGUGAAUGUAUAGCAUGAUGAUGGAGACUGACCUUCAUUCCCCCGGCCCCCAAACGAACACGAGCACGGGGCCAACAGGGCCGAACGGCGGCUCCAAAGCGAGCCAGGAGCGCGUGAAGAGACCCAUGAACGCGUUCAUGGUGUGGUCCCGGGGCCAGCGGAGGAAGAUGGCGCAGGAGAACCCCAAGAUGCACAAUUCGGAGAUCAGCAAGCGCUUGGGCGCCGAGUGGAAGGUGAUGUCCGAGGCGGAGAAGCGUCCCUUCAUCGACGAGGCGAAGCGGCUGCGAGCCAUGCACAUGAAGGAGCAUCCGGAUUACAAGUACCGGCCGCGGCGAAAGACGAAGACGCUGCUGAAGAAGGACAAAUACUCACUGGCCGGCGGGCUGCUUUCCGGGCCCAGCGGCGGCGGUGGUGUCGGUUUAAGCGUCGGCAUGAGCUCAUCCGGGGUCGGACAGAGGUUAGAGAGCCCCGGGGGUCACGGAGGGUCCGCCGGCUCCGGCUACGCGCACAUGAACGGCUGGGCGAACGGCGCGUACUCGGGGCAGGUGGCCGCAGCCGCCGCGGCCGCUGCGAUGAUGCAGGAGGCGCAGCUCGCCUACAGCCAGCACCCCGGCAGCGGGGCACACCACCACCACCACUCGCACCACCACCACUCCCACAACCCGCAGCCCAUGCACCGCUACGACAUGACGGCCCUGCAGUACAGCCCCAUCUCGAACUCUCAGAGCUACAUGAACGCCUCGCCGUCCAGCUACGGCGGGAUCACCUACACGCAGCACCAGGGCUCCGGCGUCUCCUCCUCGGCUGCCAUGGGAACGCUGGGGUCGCUGGUGAAGUCGGAACCGAGCCAAAGUGACCGUGACCAGUGGACGUGGAUCACCCAGUGGAAACCGUAAUUUACUGAUAGCACCCUGUCUCCUCUCUCAGCUGGCAGGCCAUCAUUACAUCAAGCACUGGAAGAAAGGUGCUGUGAGGAAUGGAAAGAGGACCUUCAAGGAAAUGUCAGACAAUCACAUCCUUAAAUUUACUCUUUGCACUCUGAUUGCUGACCUUAUAAACUCUUGAAUGACACAAUGACAUUCCACUGAUUGCCCAAUAUUUUUGUGUAAAAGUGAUUUCAGCACAUCUGGACCACAACACAAACGGUGCCCUUGCAGAAGUAUUCAUACCACCUGCAUAGAUAUGAGGUAGAUGUUAAAGGAUGCAUGGAAAUUUUUUUAAAUGUACAAUGCAUUUGUACAUUACUUAGCCACACAAAAAAAUGUCUCCACAAGUCACCUAUUUAAGUGAAUUAUUUUACAUCUAUGUGUUGUAAUCUUUGUAAAUAAAAAAAAUGCAGCUGAUCUGUGAAAGUCUUGGGAGUUUGCCAGAGAACAUUGUUAAAGAAAAAACAUGACAACAUAAAAAAAACACCAGCCGGGUCAGGGAUAAAGUUAAGGAGAAGUUUGAAAACACUACAAUGGCUGUGAACUUCUCAUGAAGUUCUUUUUAAUCUAUUAAUCAGAAAUGGACAGAUCAUGACACAGCUGGUGCUAAAUACACUCAAAUACCGGAAGAAAACCUGUUGGAGUAAAACAGACUACAGCAACCAUCCACCAGAGGCUUUAUUGGGACAGAUUAGAUCAGAGUACAUUCAUGUGCCUCGUUUAGGUGUAUAAAGUCCACACCUAAAUCCAAAUGUGAAUCCGCUGCAAAAUUGAAAGCUGAUGUACAGAGACGCUUGAUGUUGCACAUCGGUAGAGACAUAUCCCCAAAGGACUUGAAGCAAUUACAGCAACAGGUGUUUCUACAAAGUAUUAACUCUGAAUGUGUUAAUACAUUAACACACUGUGCUUUUUAGAAUUUGAUUUGUUUGAAAAAAUGGAAAGAAAUGUGCUUAUUUACCUGCACUUGGCAAUCAUGCACUAGCUUGUGUUGAUCUAUCAGAUAAAUCUGAUUAAAUGCAUGGAGAAUUUAGUUGUAAUGCAUCAAAAUAUGAAGGAAUUCAUUGGGUGUGAAUACUUUUGUGAGGCACUGUGCACACAAGAACUGGGUUGCAUACUGCAGCUCUCCUUUUCUUGUCCCAUUUGCAGAAAACCUCACCGUCUUAAUAAUCUUAGCCCCUUAGCUGGCAUGCUUUCCAAGAAUCCGCUGCAUUUUUCGUUUAGCAAAAAUGGUCACAAACCUUUCACGAGUAUUGAUAUUUACUGUGUAACCAGAGAACGGUCACCUUACACAGAGUUAGUGCCUGUUAAAGGGAAUCAAUCAAAACUCUGCUGUCUGUUUUCUGGCCGGCCAUGGCCCUCAGUCACUGUGGUAAGUGGGAGCAAUUUUAAUUUGAAAACAAACCUCUGGCAGGUUCUUUUAAUGCAGAUACACAAAGAAAUAGUGCUUAGUUAUGUUCUAAUUAACAUCUUUCUGGUGUGUGUGUGUGAGUGUGCAUGUCAUAUGUUGUUGUUUAGGUUCAGAGCCAAUGGUUUGUUUUACAGCUGAUGAUGUGAUUUUGGUUGGUUGUAGAGGUAAAGAAAAAAAAAAGAAGAAGAGCAAAUUAAAUAAAUUGAAAGUGUUCUUCCCUGUGGAAAGAUAAUAAUGCACAAACAAAUUAAAUGUAUUUUCUAAUUCAGAAGUAAAUUAACUCCUCAAAGUAAAAGUUGCAGAAAAAGUUUCAGCAUUUAAAAUAUGUAUUAAUUCCAAGGCCUAAAUGUGCCCUCAAUUAUUUUACCAUUGGCCCUAAAGUAAUUGAUUUUGGGCAGAGAAAAACAGGAGGUGGAGGGGUGAUCCUUGUUGUUAUGGAAAAAAAACUACAAAACCAAUAAAUGGGAAAAUAACUGACGUCGUAAUUCCUGUGAGUGCUGUAACCUUGCUUUAUUGAUUUGCUUUUUUUUCUUUCAUAAAAGACGUUUGAGUUACAGCCUCAAAGUUGCACCCAUGAUAGCAUAAGUCACAAUAAUUUGUCUAUUUUUCUUUUUCUUUUCUUCUUCUCUCACUGACGCCACGGUAAGGCAAACAGUGAACGGACAACAACAAAAACAUGCAUAGAGACAAGAUAAUGAGCUUCUCAGGUGACUACAUGCAGUGAUUACCAGGUUUCUGGUGUUACCACAAAAACCUGCGCUCUGUCUUUGCACACACACACCCACACACGCCCGCACACUCUUGAGAGAUCCUUGGUUAUCACACCCUUCCAGAUUGUUACCAACUACUUAUGGAAAACACACACACGCGCUCGCACACACACAUCUCAAGAUGUGGCCACUCUUGCCAAUAUGAGCACAGUGUUAAGAACAGUUGUUGUUUUGCGCAUAUAUAUGUGUGUGUGUGUGGGGGGUUUUUUUAGUAUCUCUAAAUUCCUAGCGUUGCUAAGGUGCUUUGGGAGGGGGAUUAACAGACGCUGGCGCCGAUGAGCAAGCCUCGCAGAUUUCCAACCGGCAGGAAAAGAGACAAAGAAAGACGGGAAAGACGGAGGAAUGCAGCAGCGGGUUAGACAACAGGGAGACGACAGUAACAGCUUGUGUAAACACGAUGACUUAAGAGACGCAAAGAGGGGUAAGGCGACAGAACAGGUAUACUAAACGGCUGGUUUGAACUUUUGAGCAGACCUGUGGGAAACUGCUUUUUUUUUUCAUAUUGUGUUCUCACCAUCUCCUCACCGUCUUCCUCUCUAUUACUUCCCAUCUCUUCAUUCCCAACCCCCAAGGGCAAUAAUUUCAGAUCGAGAUGCUUUAGUGUCGCUGUUUUUUGUUUUUUUUUUCCUUCAAACUUCAAACAUUGUCAGCAUUCAGGUCACGCUGCUGCGCCUCUAGCAUCGGUGACUGCGCUGUCUCAGGUGAACAUCUCUCCCAGCGCGUCCUUUAUGACUCUCUCCUUCCCUUUCUACUGAUAUCAAAA